AUGCGCUCAGUAUGUCUUAGAAUUGGUAUCACUAAACCUGCACUAAAUAUGGCAGCUUCAAAUCUUGCUGGCUUACUAAAGACCACAGACCUCCAGUGUGCAACCGCGCAGACUAGUGCAGCGUUCCACGUGAACCUCACCUUUCAUCCCAAACACAUCCGCAUUGAUCGUCUGACAGAGGCUCAUAGCAUUCCACAGGUGGAAUCCACCGAAGAGCCUCCCAAAUUAAUCACUGUGACUGCUGGAGAACUCCUCACUCUGAUGUGUACUGCCGGUCCAGCCAAUCCACCGGUUCCACUCCAAUGGAGACAAAUAAUCUGCGACGAUCUCUUCGACGCAAACCGCAGCUCAACCUUUGGGAUUCCGAACACCGACGCCAAUAGAGCACCGUGUAGUAUAAUAAAUAAUUUCGGUGAUGCACGAGCAUUGCCGUUGCUUCGUUCACGAAUGGUCUCGAGGAGUUUGGUUUCGCUGUUGGUGCAGGCACGCCACCACCAGAGCCAAGUCGAAUGCUCCACUCUCGAUUCCGACAGACCGAAUGAUCGACCUAAUUGGAGUGCUCGGAGUCCCGAGGAGACGACCAGACUCAAGAAGGAAAUUACCCUAAACGUCCUCUUCAAACCAAACUUCUCCAAUGUUCUUAGCAAACUUAAUCCAUCCACCUCUAAGUAUCUUCCCCAAUAUAUCACUGUAGAAGGUCAGUGUCUUUUGUCUACCGAUAUGAUUGCCUCAAUUUGA